AUGAUUCACAAGACUAAGGAGCAACUAGAGAGCGAGGACCCAGAGGAGGACGCCGAGUUCAAGAGGACAUUGAGACAGGUGCUGGAUUUUGUGACGCCGCAGCUCGGCAACGCGGAGCGGCGGCACUACGAGGAGGCCAAGAUCCGCGCGCUCGGCGGCACGCUGGAGAAGCGGCAGAAGAUGCCGUACAAGACGCUGCAGGUGGUGCAGAAGAAGCAGGAAGCAAAGCGGCAGGCCGCCCUGGAGGAGGAGAAGAUCUUGGGCGUGUCCACCUCGGCAUCCGCGCAUCGCAGCGUGUACGCCGAAGACAAGGCGCAGCGGAAGAGAAAGGAGAUGGCGAAGGAGAAGAGACGCCGCCAGCAGGACGGGAUCAUGAGGCUCGGCAUGGGCGCCAAGGAGAAGGGCGGGCUGGCGGUUCUCCCGCGGAGCGCGGUCUACCGGGCGCAGCGCGCCGGCCGGCGGUGA